CACGCUAGUACAUGGAAGAGUGCCUACCUUAGUAGCAGUUACUCCGGAUGUCCGUACAAAGUCUCACUCACUCCUUGUCCUUCCGAAACUUGACUAACGCACGCGACCAACCGAAAAAUGAUUUGAAACUGCUCUUUUCAUCCCCAAUCUCAGUAUCUCGACUACUUUGUGUGCCUACAUUAUUCACCUCAAGCAAAGGCACACUUCUGUAAUCACUGAUAUCUAUAGCUCACUUCGACAGCUUUCACAGCUCUCCACAAACGUCCCUCUUUCGUCAUUGUCUACUAAGUUAACCCCACCAUCCUAUUCCAUCCCGAACUUAUAUCGAUCCAUCCCGAGCCGACGGGACCCUCCCCCUCACCUCAUAACGCGCGCUAUCUUAAGGCCUCGAGUUGUUUCCCCAGAUCGAGCAAAUUUAUUCUUCACCUUUCAUCGCCGCCACACAGUCUCGGUUUCGUAUUCUCUCCACCUCAUAAGCGCCAAUGGCUACCGAAAACCCUCUGGAAGACCGCAUCUCGACUGUUCCGUUCGCGGAGCAGGGUGAGAAGUGGGAUAGUUGCUGGAGAGAGGCUUUAACACCAUGGGACCGCGGAACUGCCUCCAUUGCCCUUCACGACCUCCUCGCUCAAAGACCCGAUCUCGUACCGCCCUCCCAACAUCAUGAUCAUCGCGGCCAUCCGCUCCGAGACUCAGCAGGCGCUAUCGAAAAGAAGAAGGCUCUAGUCCCCGGUUGCGGGCGUGGUCAUGAUGUUCUGCUUCUGAGCUCGUGGGGCUAUGAUGUCUGGGGCCUCGACUUCAGUGCUGCUGCAAAGGAGGAGGCUAUCAAAAACCAAAAGCAAGCCGAGUCACAAGGUCUAUACAAACCUGUCGAUGGAUUGGAUAAAGGAAAUAUUCACUGGAUUACUGGUGACUUCUUUGCGCAAGAUUGGGCCAAAGGUGCCGGCGCUGAUGGGCAGUUUGACCUGAUCUACGACUAUACGUUUCUAUGCGCUCUGCCUCGCGAAGCAAGACCAAAAUGGGCCAAGCGCAUGACCGAGCUGCUGUCUCAUGAUGGUCGCCUCGUUUGUCUCGAAUUCCCUUCGACAAAACCCAUGUCCGCCAAUGGUCCCCCAUGGGGAGUCUCCCCAGAGCUCUAUGAGGCCCUCCUAGCAGCUCCUGGCGAAGAAAUUGCGUACAACGACGACGGUACCGUCCAUGAAGACCCUUGCUCAAAACCUUGGGCCGACGCCCUACAUCGACUGAGUCUGCUCAAACCAACUCGAACGCACAAGGCCGGCACCAGCCCAGAUGGCGCUGUGCUUGACUUCCUCUCGGUCUGGAGUCGAUAACCAAGCUGAAUAGUCUGGUCACCGAAUCUCCAUUUUUUACGUCUCGAUACCAAACAACCACCAUAUGAUCUUUCGCCGAUGUAUGCACAAGAACAAAAGUGAUCUCCUUAUCCUUCUCAUGAUGGUGCCUUUCGGAGAGAGUUGUAGUGCUCUCCCAAGCCGUAGCCGUGCCUGUAGUAUGCCAACCAUAAUGUUUUGCCUGACUCAGCUCCCUCUUCCUCCCCGAUACGCUCAAGGCGACCAUCUUGUACCACUCGGAUCUCCGCUUUAUACUGUCGUGCCAGCGCCAUGAGCUCAAGCUGGCCGCCCCAUUCGGCGGUAUCUCGCAUCUUGCGGGCGUAGUCUUGGAGGUCUUCCUCGAGGAACGGCGCAAAGUCGUCUCCAUGCUCCAACAUAUACUCAGAAGCCACUCGUCGCACCGUCUUGUAUGCUGGGUCCUUGGUGUCACUGUCUCCGAGAGGGAUAUCAUUCUGGCCGAGUUGAUCCGCCACCGCUGAGAAUAGACAAUGUCCAUCGGGCGCGAUAUCUUUCUCCACAAGCCCAUGCUUCUCAAACGUCGACUUCAUGUACUCGCUCUCCUUGGCUCGGUAAUUGGUCAUACUAGAUGCUUCCUCUUCUGCACGCUGCGCCUCAGCCUCCUGCUCAGCAGCACGUCGGGCAAGCCGCUCCUUCUGACGAUUGCGCUUCUUUCCCGGCUGCUGCUGCUGCUGUUGUUGUUCGGGUUCUGAGACAGAGAGCUUCUCGGUUUCUUUCACUAGGGUGUCUUCCUGGAGCUGUGUUUGAGCUUCAGCGGCGGCACUUUCGCCUUCGUCGCUGUUAUCAUCGCUGUUGUUCAAAGCGGCGAUCUCGGUGGCUUGCUUUUCACGUAGCUGACGUUCCAUCUCUGCACAUUCGUCAUUUACGCCUUUGCGCGUCUUCUUUGUGGCAUUCUUCUUCUUUCCCGUUAUGCGGCCUUGUAGGUCCUUGAGCUCACGACGAUGCCGUGUCUGGAUCUGCUCGAGAGUUUCCGUUGCCAUGGGACUGGCCAUGACUGUGGCUUCAGCCUGGCUCGGAAUUAAGUCAGAAAGCAAGUUUCAGGUAGUUUGUAGCUAUCGACUCUUGCUUGAUAUGUCCCGCAGUCGGCGGCGAGAAGAAGGCGAGCCUUUCCUUGUUUGACUUCGAUGUAUCCAGGGAAUAGGUAAGCAAAGAGAAAAUAAUAAAGCUUGAAGAACUACACCCAUGAGUCGCGGGGUAAGUAAGUGGGAAAUUUCGCUGGUGGGGCAAUGCUUCAAUCAUCCAUGAUUUAUUUUGUCUAUCAACCCUGUCUUCAACCGUCAGUCGAUUAGUGUUACGAAAACUUCAAUCGCGUAUGAAUCCACGAGCGUGGAAGCAAAAGAUCCGAAUCGAAGGUCACACAUUAAUUAGAGGCUCCAAUCUCAAGAUGGGCGAUGCCAGUUUUAGCGUCAUCUAUCUACUUUUCAAGGCCAACCUGGUUUCUUUGAACCAGAUCGGACUGAUGUGCAUGUCCUUUUUUUUUUUACCAACAAGUUGUAUCUGCUGAGACAUGUCAUCUACUUCACUCACAUCAACCUCCGGAUACCACAGCCCCUACAUCUUCCCAUUUUUUCAAUGUAUACAAAGUAUGUAGCAGAAAGAUAGUACCAAAACUCC